CUCAAUUCUUUUCAAAGCUUAUCUGUCUUUCUUUGUCUCUCACGCUUUCUCACAGUCUUCUCUCUGUUUGCUUAUUAUGCAAUGAAGAGAUGUUCUCCUUGGGGAGGAUUAUGCUGUUUCAUCUCAUAUGUUUAGCUCUCUUGGGGGAGCUCAGCACUUCAUGGGCGGAAGAUAGGCUUGUGAAUCCAUCACAGCUGGAAAUGUUUGUGGAUGAGCUUCCAGAUAUGCCCAAAAUCCAAGGUUUCGAUGUAGUGAAUGGUUAUCCCAAAUCUAAGUCACUGACGAUUGGAAUGUUCAUGAAGAAAUGGAAAUUCCACAGGGACCUCCCUCCGACGCCAGUGUUUGCCUACGGUGCAUCCUGGAGCACUGCAACAGUACCUGGCCCAACCAUCGAGGCCCUCCACGGCAUUGACACUUAUGUCAAGUGGCAAAAUCACCUCCCUCCAAAGCACAUACUGCCAUGGGAUCCGACAAUCCCAACCGCCGUCCCUGCCACCAAGAAGGGAGUUCCAACUGUAGUGCACCUCCAUGGUGGCAUCCAUGAACCCGCCAGUGAUGGAAACUCAAACUCAUGGUUCACCGCUGGAUUUAAAGAAAAGGGACCCACCUGGGCUAACGAAACAUAUCACUACAACAAUAACCAACAGCCUGGAAAUUUAUGGUAUCAUGAUCAUGCCAUGGGAUUGACCAGAGUCAACCUAUUGGCUGGCCUGAUUGGGGCCUAUGUUCUUCGCCAUCCUGACGUUGAGGGCCCACUUAAACUUCCCCAUGGUGACGAAUUUGAUCGACCUUUGCUCGUGUUUGAUCGUAGCUUUCGCACAGACGGUUCCAUAUACAUGAAUUCCACAGGAAAUAAUCCCUCUAUACAUCCACAAUGGCAGCCCGAAUAUUUUGGUGAUAUAAUCAUAGUAAACGGCAAAGCAUGGCCGAAGAUGAUGGUACGACGUCGUAAAUACAGAUUUCGCAUAAUCAAUGCCAGCAAUGCUAGAUUCUUCAGAUUCUUCUUCACGAAUGGCUUGGAAUUCAUUCACGUGGCAGCUGACUCAACUUACCUUGGGGAACCUGUAGUGACCAAUGAAACUCUGCUGGCACCAUCAGAGAUUGCUGACGUGGUCGUUGACUUUUCAAAGUCAGAGACUGAUGACGCUAUUCUAGCUAAUGACGCACCGUACCCUUACCCGUCGGGUGACCCAGUGAAUGAAUCAAAUGGCAGAGUCAUGAAAUUCAUCAUCCAGAAAAAUCAAGAGGUUGAUGCGUGGCGAGUACCUAAUAUAUUGAUAAAAUAUCCUUCCCCGGAUUUAUCUAGUGUCAGGGAAACGCGAUACAUAGCAAUGUACGAGUACACCAGUGACAUAGGUGAGCCGACGCAUCUUUACAUCAACGGAAAACCGUAUGAAGCGCCGGCGACGGAGACCCCUAAAGCGGGGACCAGUGAGAUUUGGAAUGUGAUUAAUCUGACGGAGGAUAAUCAUCCGUUGCACAUUCAUUUGGGACUAUUUUCAGUGUUGGAUCAGACGGAGCUGGUGAAUGAAGAGGAGUUCAAGGGAUGCAUGUCCAAAGAGAACGACGCGAUCAAGUGCCAUAUAAGCAAGCAUGCGCGAGGCAAGAAGGUAGAGGUGCCAGCACAUGAGAAGGGAUGGAAGAAUGUUUAUAAGAUGACACCAGGAUUUGUGACGAAAAUACUGGUUAGGUUUUCUUAUAUUCAUUCCAACUCUUCAUAUUCAUUUGAUCCAACCGCACACCCUGGUUACGUCUAUCAUUGCCAUAUCUUGGAUCAUGAAGAUAAUGUGAUGAUGAGGCCCAUUAAGGUGAUCAAAUGAGAAAGGCUACAGAAAGAUCAUUCCAGGGGAAACCUAAGAACUCUAUUUACAAGCAACAUCUGAAGGACUCUGGCAAUUCUAAAGUUGUUAAUAUUCAUGAACUUGAGUUCUUCAAUAAUUAGUGCUACAAAUGGAAGAAAUUUUAUCAACAUAUUGACUACAUAGAAGCUGAUGUUAAAGUGUACAAUUGUGGGGGAUUUUGGUUCAAAAUAAAAGCCAGCAAUAGCUUUAUGAUCUAGCUAGAAAUGUUAUUUUGGUCAAUGAUGACCUAGAAAUGCUGUCAAUGUGUGGUUUAUGCUCUUUAUUGUAUGCUAAAUACUCUAAGAUCUUUCCGAGGU